UUAUCGAAAUAAUGUGUUUACAACUGACAGCCGGCUAACACGGGCCGGAUUUUGCGUAGUCGAUAUUUUCUAUUGACCUGAGGGAUCAGGGAUCAAUUGAAAAAAGGAGAACAGAAGAGAGAGAAAAGAAAAAAGGGGAAAAAUGGUCACGAACACGGAAGAAGACGACGAUAGCCAAGAGGAUACAAUCAACUACAAACAACAAUACCGAAUUUUCAAGAGGAAACUCAAAUUCUUGAUUUAUGAAAAUGAGUGUUUCCAGGAAGCGCUUAGAAACAAUCAACGGCGUAUGCUAAAAGUCUCUAGAGAUAAAAAUUUCCUUCUCGACCGACUUCUCAACUACGAGAAAGUCGAGGUGACUUCCAGCGAGGGUGAAGAGACUGAGUCCUCCGACGACGAAAUGGGACGUGCUGAAGUUAAAAGACGAAAAAUUGACGUCGGCAGCUUGGGAAGUGUGAAUUUAAAUAUUCAUUCUACGAGCUCUUCUAAAGCUGCGACUCCAGCAAAGAAAAAGAAAGCCCAGGCAUCAAAAGGGAAGUCUUCAAGUCACCCUCAGUUGCAGGCAUUGCAGGGUCCUCCUAUCAUCGAUGGACACAUAACAUCUGAGGAAGUUGAAAAGCACUUAGAGGGCCGACAGAGGUACAUGGAAAUCGAUAAAACCCCUGUAACCAUUCCGACUGAAAUGUUCAGCAAUGACCCAAGUUUGGAUAGUGAAUCAAAUGAAAUUUGUGAAAUGGAAACAUCACCAUGCAACUUGGGUGAAGAAUGUCUUAAUACUGAACUCAUCAUGCCUGACUAAUUAAUUGUGCUUUUUAGUAUUUACUCAUCAAUUAUCAAGUUUGUAUACUAAAAAAAAGAAAACCAAUUUUAUAUUUAAACCAUAAAUUGUUUAGAAAAGUUACUUUGUAAUAAACCCUAAUAGAUUGUCUAAACAUCAUUACAGUAUUUAUGCAAUUACAUAUUCAUUAUAAUAUAUAAAAAUAAAUCCUAAACAGUGAA